GGUUUAUAAGAUUUGGUGGUCUUCAAAGCAGCAAAAUACGUCUUCGGCACUGGUAUUUCAAGUUUGCAUUGAAUAUCAAUGGGGAAUUGGAGAGUGGUCGAUGCAACUGCCGAGCCUGCAGAUAAAAUUUUAAGGUUUGUUAUUUUAUUAUGCAUAGCAAUGGCUCCCAUUAGAGCAGAUCCCGAGGCCACGCUUUUAUCCUACCAAUGCAACUAUGGCCCCAACGGCAACGCCACCGUCUUUAAGCAAAUUUUGAACGCCGCGCUGGAAACUGUGGUGGAAAAAGUUGCUCCAUCUGGAUUUGCUACAACAGACGAGGAGAUAGCAACAGAUCUGGCAGAUUCGGUAUACGUUCUGGCGCAGUGUAGAAAGGAUAAAUCCCCUGCCGAUUGCGUCGACUGCAUAAAGGUUGUAGAGAAGCAAGCACGCAACUGUCCCUAUAUGUCCUGCAAAGCAUACUACGACGGUUGUUAUCUGCGUUACGAGAAUAACAAUUUUUAUGAUAAAUAUACUGAUGCCACACAUAAACCGGUGUGCGGCCAAGUCCACGCCGCAGCUUCCAGUUCAUUUUCGGCAACAGGUCGAAGUUUGAUAAGUGAUCUUUGCAGCGCGACUCCGCGAAUAAAUGGUUAUUUUGCUGCGCAGACCAGACAGGGGCCAUCUAAUACGACUAUCUAUGGACUUGCCUUCUGUCUGCGUUCCAUUCAAAGGGAUUCCUACGAAAAUUGUCUGAGUACUGCUCAGGAAAACAUAAAUAAGUGUUUUCCUAGCUCCGAGGGACGGGCUAUAAACGCCAGCUACUACUUGCGAUAUGAUUCCAAACCCUUUUAUCCAAGCAAUGCGACUAUCGACUUGGCACUUUUCUUACCCUCAGGGAAGAAGAAGGUGAGUUCUGCAGUGUGGAUAAUAAUUGGUAUUGUCGGAGGGGUAUUCCUACUUGGCCUUAUAACUUGUCUCCUUGUCUUCCAGAAGAAAAUAAUUCGGCCAAGCCAGAAACAAGUGGAUACUGAAGGAGCAACAGAACUUCGUGGCCUAGGAGAUUUUGACUUCAAGGUACUGAAACAAGCAACCAACGAUUUUGAUCCAAUGAAUAAACUUGGAGAAGGAGGGUUUGGUGAAGUAUUUAAGGGUACAUUGAAAAGUGGUAAAGCUGUGGCAGUAAAGAAGUUGUUAAUAGGUCGCUCUGCCCGUGCAAUUUCUGAAUUUGAAAGCGAAGUGAAACUCAUUUCUAAUGUUCAUCACAAAAAUCUUGUGCGUUUACUUGGAUGUUGCAGACAAGGCCAAGAAAGAUUCCUGGUUUAUGAGUACAUGCCCAACAACAACCUCGACAGAAUAUUAUUUGGAGAACAUAAAAAAACUUUGAGUUGGAAGGAAAGGUUCAACAUUAUCUUGGGCACUGCUCGUGGUCUUGCCUAUCUCCAUGAGGAAUUCCAUGUCUGUAUCAUCCAUCGUGAUAUCAAAUCAAGCAAUAUAUUACUUGAUGAGAACUUUGAGCCAAAAAUAGCAGAUUUUGGGCUGGCAAGACUUCUUCCAGAUGAUAAAAGUCAUCUUAGCUCAAAAUUUGCAGGAACGCUAGGAUACACGGCUCCUGAAUACGCUAACCGUGGGCAAUUAACAGAGAAAGCUGACACCUACAGCUUUGGUUUAGUGGUUCUUGAAAUUGUCAGUGGCAGAAAAUGUUACCUUUGUUAUGCUGCAUUGUCCUUGAUGACAAAAAGGUUUUGGUGAUUAUAUAGCUUUAUCUCUAUGAAUAGUG